AUGUGUGCAUUAGUCUCCUUUCCUUUGUUCCCAAACUUCGGGUGGCCGUCGACGGGAGAAUACGGGAGCUACUACCUUGCCGGAGACCUUAGGGAUUUCUGUUUCGUCGGAGGAACUGGAAUAGACAACAAUCCAGUUGUGAUCAAGAAGUUCAAUCACAAUGCUAGUGAGCGUCACCGUCGCAGGAAGAUCAACUCUUUGUUCUCAUCUCUCCGCUCAUCUCUUCCAACUUCAGAUCCAUUAUAUUUGGAAAUUUUAAGAGAAUAUGUUAGGAAUCUUGCAUGGGAGUGA